AUGGAAGACGCUAUGGACAAAUUCGAUGAUAUGGCUUCUGUGAGCGACUUCGAUCCCAUCCAAGGAAAUAUCCCAGCCACUAAAGUAGAGAUCACAGUGUCUUGCAGGAAUCUUUUGGAUAAAGACACGUUCUCCAAAUCUGACCCAUUGUGCGUUCUGUAUGUCCAGGGAAUAGAGACGAAACAGUGGAGGGAGUUUGGAAGAACAGAAGUGAUCGACAACACCUUAAAUCCAGACUUUGUGCGGAAGUUUGUCCUAGAUUACUUCUUUGAGGAACGGCAGAAUCUGCGAAUUGAUUUGUACGAUGUUGAUUCUAAGAGCCCAGACUUAUCUAAGCAUGAUUUUUUGGGACAGACAUUCUGUACCCUGGGAGAGAUUGUGGGUUCCCCAGCCAGUCGACUGGAGAAACCGUUAAUAGGAAUCCCAGGGAAGAAAUGCGGAACAAUUGUACUGUCAGCUGAAGAACUUGGCAAUUGCCGGGAUGUGGCAACGAUGCAAUUCUGCGCCAAUAAACUCGACAAGAAAGACUUCUUUGGAAAAUCAGAUCCUUUCAUGGUCUUCUACCGAAGUAAUGAAGAUGGGACCUUUACAAUCUGCCAUAAAACAGAAGUGGUGAAAAACACUCUGAAUCCAGUAUGGCAGCAGUUCAGCAUUGCAGUGAGAGGUCUGUGCAAUGGCGAUUACGACAGGACGAUCAAGGUAGAGGUGUAUGACUGGGACAGAGAUGGCAGCCACGACUUCAUCGGUGAAUUUACAACCAGUUACCGAGAGCUCGCCAGAGGACAAAGCCAAUUUAAUGUUUAUGAGGUAAUAAAUCCCAAGAAGAAAAUAAAGAAGAAGAAAUAUGUUCAUUCAGGAACUGUCACUUUGUUAUCGUUCACCGUUGAAUCUGAGCACACAUUCCUCGAUUAUAUUAAAGGAGGGACGCAGAUCAAUUUUACAGUGGCCAUUGAUUUCACAGCUUCCAAUGGAAAUCCUUCUCAGUCCACUUCGCUCCAUUACAUGAACCCGUACCAGAUGAACGCAUACGCAAUGGCACUAAAAGCUGUGGGUGAAAUCAUUCAGGACUACGACAGCGAUAAGAUGUUCCCAGCCCUGGGCUUCGGAGCUAAACUACCUCCUGAUGGAAGAGUUUCACACGAGUUUGCUUUGAAUGGGAACCCUGAGAAUCCGUACUGCAACGGGAUUGAGGGAAUUCUGGAAGCGUAUCACAGGAGCCUCAAGACAGUCCAGCUUUAUGGCCCUACAAACUUUGCACCAGUGAUUAACCACGUGGCACGGUAUGCAGCAGCAGUGCAGGACGGCUCACAGUACUUUGUUCUGCUCAUUAUAACAGAUGGAGUCAUCUCAGACAUGGCACAGACUAAAGAAGCCAUUGUUAAUGCUGCUAAACUGCCCAUGUCAAUUAUCAUUGUGGGAGUUGGACAAGCGGAAUUUGAUGCAAUGGUGGAGCUGGAUGGAGAUGACAUCAGGGUAUCUUCACGAGGGAGACUUGCAGAGAGAGAUAUUGUGCAGUUUGUGCCGUUCCGUGAUUAUAUUGACCGCACGGGAAAUCACGUGCUCAGUAUGGCUCGACUGGCCAAGGACGUUCUGGCUGAGAUCCCCGACCAGUUUAUAUCCUAUAUGAAAACUCGAAGCAUCAAGCCCAACCCAGCCCCGCCUCCGUACACACCUCCAGGCCUUAGUGUUCACACACAAAUCUGA